AUGCCUAGGAAGAGUGAUGUGGCGGCGAAGAUUGAGGAUGUUGGAAUCGAGAUCGAUGGGGACGUGAGUGACAGUGAGGAUGACACCAGUCGAAGGAGAGGGAACAGAAGACCGGCAGCUGGCAGAGGAGGAGCCCGCGGCAGGGGCAAAAAGCCAGCUGAUGAGGAUGAUGAGGACGAGGAGGAAGAGGAGGCCCCCAGAAACCGCAGAGGAGCCAAUAAGAAGAAAGGUGCUAAGUCACGUGACACCGACGAUGAAAGUGAGGAUGACACCCCCAAGAGAAGACAAGGAAGAGCAGCAAAUAAAGGAGCAGCAAACAAAAAGAAAGGAGGAAAGGCCCAGGACAGUGACGAGGACAGCGAGGAGGAGAAGGGGAACAAGAGAAACAAGAAGGGAGCCACGGGAAAGAAGGGGAAAGAAGAGGAGACCAAAGAUAAGAAAGGAGAUGCCAAAGGGAAGGGCAAAGGAAAGGAGAAGGAAGACGAGAAGGACAAGAAGAAGAAGAAGAAGAAAGAGAGCAGCUCAGACACAGACUCUAACACAGACUCAGAGGAAGAGUCCAUGUCAGAGGGAGAGAUGGAACGACUGAAGGAGGAGGUGGAGGAGAAGAAGAAGGUCAUAGCUAUUAUGAGGAACAAGCCCUGGCGAAUGAAGAGGAGGCUGGUACAUCUGAAAGAAUGUCAAGAAUUUGUGGAUAAAUUUGAAGGGGCUUUGGGAAAAGGAAAAGGCAGGAAGUUUUAUGCCUAUAAAGUCAUGAUGACGAAGAAAUGGAUCAAAUUCCAAAGAGAUUUUGAAAAUUUCAAAACGACUUGCAUACCAUGGGAACGAAAGAUUAAAGAGGUUGAAAGUCACUUUGGGUCCUCAGUUGCUUCCUACUUCAUCUUCCUGCGCUGGAUGUAUGGCAUGAACAUGGUCCUCUUUGGCUUAACCUUCGGACUGGUUGUGAUCCCAGAGGUUCUGAUGGGACUUCCGUAUGGAUCCAUUCCCAGAAAGACAGUGCCCAGAGCUGAGCAGCCCACUGCUCAAGACUACUCUGUCCUCAUGGACUUCAACGGAUAUUGCAAAUACUCAGUCCUCUUCUAUGGUUACUACAACAACCAGAGGACCAUUGGGCUGCUGAAGUUCCGCCUCCCGCUGUCUUACCUCAUGGUAGGAGUGGGGACUUUUGGCUACAGCCUGAUGGUGGUGAUACGAACAAUGGCUAAGAAUGCUGACGUGGGGGGAGGGGACGGAGAUGACGGGGAGUUCACCUUUGCCUGGAAGAUGUUCACCAGCUGGGAUUACCUCAUCGGCAACGCCGAGACGGCUGACAACAAGUACGCCUCCAUCACCACUAGCUUCAAGGAGUCCAUCGUGGAUGAGCAGGAGAACCAAAAGGAUGAGAACAUCCACCUGAGGAGGUUCCUGCGUGUGCUGGCCAACUUCAUGAUCAUCUGCUGCCUGGGAGGAAGUGGCUACCUCAUCUUCUUUGUGGUGAAAAGGUCCCAGGAAUUUGCCAACAGGGACGACCUGAGCUGGUACGAGAAAAACGAGUUGGAGCUCAUCAUGUCCCUGUUGGGCCUGGUGUGUCCUCCCCUGUUUGAGACCAUUGCUGAGCUGGAGGAGUACCACCCCCGGAUCGCCCUCAAAUGGCAGUUGGGGCGCAUCUUUGCCCUCUUUUUGGGAAACCUCUACACUUUCCUGUUUGCCCUGUUUGAUGAGGUCAACAACAAGCUUGAGGAGGAGGUGUCCAUUAGGAAUGCGUCCAUCUGGGCCCAGAAGGAAUACUACGCUAACUUCACCCUCUACAACAAUGACACGGACACCACCCCACCCCCCAUGGACCCCUCUGAUGUCAUCAGGGGGCCAUGCUGGGAGACCGCCGUCGGCAUAGAGUUUGUGAAGCUGACCGUUUCAGACAUCCAGGUGACCUACCUGACCAUCCUGAUUGGUGACUUUGCGCGGGCUGUCAUUGUCAGGUUCCUCAACUACUGCUGGUGCUGGGACCUUGAAGCCACAUAUCCAUCGUAUGGAGAGUUUGACAUCAGUGGCAACGUUCUUGGUCUGGUCUUCAACCAAGGAAUGAUCUGGAUGGGUGCAUUCUAUGCUCCAGGGCUGGUAGGGAUAAACGUCCUGCGUCUCCUCUCCUCCAUGUACUACCAGUGCUGGGCCGUAAUGGCCACUAACGUGCCCCAUGAGAGGGUCUUCAAAGCCUCCAAAUCCAACAACUUCUACAUGGGCCUCCUCCUUCUCAUCCUCUUUCUCAGUCUACUGCCUGUGGUCUACACCAUCAUGACUUUGCCACCCUCCUUUGACUGUGGGCCAUUCAGUGGGAAGGCCAAGAUGUUUGAUGUCAUCAUGGAGACGAUAGACCUGGACCUGCCUGCCUUUCUGGGAACACUGAUGGGCUAUGCAGCCAACCCUGGCCUCAUUAUACCAGCUGUGCUACUGAUGGUACUGGCUAUCUACUAUUUGAACUCGGUAUCUGAGGCGUACCAACAUGCCAACGCGGAGCUGAAGAAGAAGAUGCAGAUGGCAAGAGAUGAGGAGAAGAACAGGAGGAACAACACUGAAAGCACAGACCAGGUCAUGAAGGACCUGGAGGACCUGCUCCCCAACCGCUCUCUCUUGCCCCCAGCUCCCCCACCAGAGACAGGUGCAGACAAUAAAGCAGACCAAGGUGGAAAGUCUACAAAGGUGAGGCCAGGAACUGCAGGCAAGGAUGUGAACCUGCAGAAAGACGUGUCCCUGUCAUCACCAAAUCCCAACGCUCGAGGCGCAGUGACCCGCCCACCGGGUCCCCGGGGGCCUGGACCUCUGCCUGGAAAUGGUCAGCAGGGACCAGGAGGGGGACCAGGGCGAGGACGGGGGAGAGGACAGCCACCUCCAAGACGCUAG